CUAAUCUAUCCAUACAUGCCUACCCUAGACAAUGAGUCAGAUGGAAAUGGUGAAAAUCGACAGAAGGAAGGGUCCAAGAAGACCUACUUUGUGAGAAUCCAUGCACCAUGGGAGGUGUUAACAAGACAUGCAGAAAUCAGUCAGGUGAGAAUGCCCAUCAAGAGCCCCGCGGUGCCUGUACCUGCUCAAGGUGUGCUGCAGAAGGUGACAGCCUGUCUGGAGAGAUUACUGGACCCCUUCAGAUUACCAGAAGAGGUUGAGGCCAGAUUCAAGCCCAAGAAGUUCACCUGCCCUUUCAACAGGGAGCGGGAGACGAUGUUCGACAUCAAGGAGCCGGCCUCGUUCUUCCGUCCGCACGUACGCAGCCGCAUCGCUUACUCCAUCCUCCUGAGGAACAAGUUCGGACACGGGGCCACAGAAUUCGGUGACAGGAUAGCGAAAGCUCUAGCGCUGGGCAUGUACGACGGUGCGUACCCCCUCCACGACGGAGACUACGAUGACAAGGCCAUAGACAACGACAGGAAGGUUCUCUACCACCACUGGGCGCGCUUCAGCUGUUUCCUGCGCUACCAGCCGGUCGACCUCAUCAGGGACUACUUUGGGUCAAAGAUCGGGUUCUACUUUGCUUGGCUGGGGUUCUACACAUGGAUGUUGUUUCCCGCGGCGAUCCUCGGCCUGGUGGUGUUCAUCUACGGGAUCGUCACCAUGUGGUGGGAAAACCAAGUCAGCGACGAGAUCUGCAACGACUACUUCAACCUGACCAUGUGCCCGCUGUGUGACAAGUUCUGUGGUUACUGGAGUCUGGGGGAAAGCUGUCAGUCUGCGAUGGCAUCUCACCUGUUUGACAACCCGGCGACGGUGUUCUUUGCCAUCUUCAUGUCGCUGUGGUCGACGAUGUUCCUGGAACUGUGGAAGCGGCGCCGCCAUGCGCUGCAGUACCUCUGGGACCUGCAGACCUUCCGCCAGGAGGAGGAGAGACCCCGGCCACAGUUCGAGGCUCAAGUCCGACACACCAAGAGGAACUGGAUCACCCAAGAGGACGAACCGUGGCUGCCCUUCAUCUACCGUAUCCCCCGCUACAUGCUGUCUGCUGUGUUGGUACUAUUUGCUAUCGCCCUGGCGGUCGGCGCCGUGUUUGGCGUCAUCAUGUACCGGGUGUCCGUCCAGGCGUCCCUCGCCCUGAACAGGAACGAGCUCAUCGCAACCAAUGCCAACCUGGUAACCACGGCAACCGCCGCCACCAUCAACCUGACCAUCAUCCUCCUCCUGAACAUGAUCUACAGCCACAUCGCAGAGUACCUCACGGAACUGGAGCAGCCGCGCACGGAGACGGAGUUCGACGAUAGCUUCACUUUCAAGAUGUUCCUGUUGCAGUUUGUCAACUACUACUCCGCCAUUUUCUACAUCGCGUUCUUCAAAGGGCGCCUGAUCGGCCGGCCGGGGAAAUACGUGUACACACUGGGGUACCGCCAGGAGGAGUGCUCGCCGAGCGGUUGUUUGGUGGAGCUGUGUAUGCAGCUUGGCAUCACCAUGGCAGGCAGUCAGCUCGUCGCAAAUAACCUCAGGGAGAUAUUCCUGCCUAAGAUCCUGGUGUGGCUGAAUUUCCGCUGGCUGAUCCAGGCCAUGGCAGGAAAGUCUGAGGAGGAGAGGAAGAAGACCGGCCUGUCCAGAUGGGAACUGGACUAUCUCCAUGUGGACAUCGGCCCCAGGGGACUGUUCUUCGAGUAUCUGGAGAUGGUUAUCCAGUUUGGUUUCGUUAGCCUGUUCGUGGCAGCGUUCCCGCUGGCUCCCCUCCUUGCCCUCAUCAACAACAUCCUGGAGAUUCGUCUGGACGCGCAGAAGUUUGUAUGCAGCCUGCGCAGACCCAUGGUUGGCAGGGCGGCGGACAUCGGCGUGUGGUAUUACAUCCUGGAGGCUAUUUCCACCAUCUCUGUCUGUACUAACGCCUUCGUAAUAGCCUUUACAUCAGAGUUCAUCCCACGACUUGUCUACACCAGAGUCUACAGUCCCGAUGGCUCACUCAACGGCUACCUCAACUUCAGCCUGUCCUACUUUGAGGUCGAGGACUUCAGCGAAAAGAACACACCAAGGAACCCACUCCAUCUUGGGCAUAAUGUCACUUUCUGCAGAUACCGUGACCUGAGAGAACCUCCAUGGGCGGAGGACCCGUACGAAUAUUCCAACGCUUUCUGGCACGUGCUGGCAGCUCGACUGGCUUUUGUAGUGGUUUUCCAGAACAUUACCUUCCUGCUGACUCGGUUCCUUGACCUCCUGAUACCCGACACCUCGUACGACCUUCAGGAUGCCAUAAAGAUGGAGGAACAGCUGGUGAGCAGAGCCAUCCUGGACUUCGAGCUGCAGCGCACCAAACAGCGCCAACGGCACAACCGCUUCAGGAGACAGCAGACUGCACCACCAGAUGAAGAUGAGGAGCAUAGCCCAACAACACCAGCAACGCCGGACCACCACGUUGACUCCUGGGAAGCGAACCUGCACAAGAGAGUCUCCGGAAUCAGCCCAUCCCGAUCCCAAGGUUUUGGUCAAGGUCGGGGUCAGGGUAGGGGUCAAGUCAGCGGAGCAUCUUCUGACUACGAAUCAACUGUAUAGGAAGUCAUCAAUGCUACUAGGAGGGAAUAUUUUUGAGGAUUUACUGAUAAUUUGGGCAAAGACUAAGAAUCUCAUUGUUGCUUUAAAGUUAUUUUCAAACUAGUUGGUAGUGAUGCUGUCUUUAUGUUUUCAAGAACUUCUCAAUACUACUAGAAGGAAAUAUUUAUGAUGAAUUACUGAAUCCUCAAAUCAUUGAGUCAAACAAA